UUUUUUUUUACAAGAAAUAUAAACCAAACAAAGCUCUGAAUAUCACGAAAAUAUCUCUCUCUCCUUUCAUUUCUCUCUCUUCUUUUGGAUCCAAAUAUCGAAUUCACAAAUUCAGAGAGUAUUCGGAUAUGAUUUGAUGUUGAUGAAGAUGAGCGAGUACGAAUUCUUGGGCGGCCAAAAUGGCGGCGGCGGCGAUGAGGACAGAGUGACGGAGUGGGAGGUUGGGCUACCGGGAGUCGAUGAUUUGACGCCGUUAUCGCAGCUGUUGAUAUCGCCGGAGCUGGCUUCGGCGUUCAGUAUUUCGCCGGAACCCUACAGGACCGCCGUAGAAGUCAACCGCGCGUCGCAAACAACGUUCUCGACUCUCCGUGGGUUCAACCACUCGACGGCGAAGGGGUCGCUGUUCGAAAUGACGGAUCCGGAUCCUGACCCGGACCAGGACCCGAUGGUCGUGGAGGCGGAGGAGAACGAGACUACCGAUCGAGACGGGUCCGGGUCGGAUCCGAAAAGAUCGAGAAAAGACGACGAGGGUUGUGUGGAAAUAGAAGUAGAAGAAGCCGAUUCGGCACUCCGUAACAACGAGAACGACGAGUCGUCGGCGGCGGCGGAGAGGGCGGUAAAACGGCCGCGUUUGGUUUGGACCCCACAGCUACACAAGCGAUUCGUGGACGUGGUGGGCCACCUGGGGAUCAAAAACGCGGUUCCGAAAACAAUCAUGCAGCUGAUGAACGUGGAAGGCUUGACUCGCGAGAACGUCGCCAGUCAUCUCCAGAAAUAUCGCCUCUACCUCAAGCGACAGCAAGGCGGCGGCGGCGGCGGCGGAGGCGGAGGAGGAGGUGGGUUGUUUUCCGAUGGGCCGUCGUCGACCUCCACUUCCACCUCCGAUCAUCUCUUCGCUUCCACUACUCCUCUCCUGCCUAAUUAUCACAUGCCCUCCAUGAUGCCUCAAAUGCUCGGCCACAUGGGUAUGCCACCCAUGGGUCAUCAUCAUCAGUACAAUAUGUUCCAGCAGCAACAGCAACAGUCUGGGAAUAGUAAUUAUCAAUAUGGGUCUCAUCCUAUUGCGCCUAAUGAGAAUUGAAUUAACAGAGAUCCAGAUGUUCAUCAAGUGGGUCAAAGCUAAAGUCUUGCAACCCGAGGUUGCUUCAUUGAUAAUCUUGAACCUCACAGACGUGGAGGUGUUCUUAGGAAUUUAUAUGCAGACAAUUUGAAUCCCAUUCUGCAUACUCUCUUCCUAUAUGAUCUGGAAUUUUGUUCCAACCAGGCUAAGUUUUGAACUUUCGCCUCAGUAUAUAGUACAUAGCUAUUUUUUAGUUUCCUGGUAGCAGCAGGAGAUUCAUGGUGUACUAAUUUUAGUCCCUAGUUGACACCAAGUCAAAAGUACAAUCUUAACCUAUUCUUUAAUUGAUAAAAUGUUAUUCUCAA